UGUAGUUGCCAAUGUGCAACACCCCAAGGACAUAAUGCUGGCUUACAGGGCGGAAAAGUUAUUACAGUUUUUCACAUGACCCUGACCGAUCUUAAUCUUCUUUGUCGUACAAGUUUUGAAUCACUUACAUAUAUGCGAAAGUGUCAGUAAUAAACUUUUCAAAUUUUUGCCAUAUUUUUUUUCCGUAUCAAAUUAUUCUUAUCUUCAGCCGAUCAACGGCUAACGGAAAACUGCAAGAAAAGGACGGAAUAUAAACAUGUUCCGUCUCUCUUGAUUCUCCGGAUACCGAAUUUAAAAAUGUCUGAUCAGUUCUUGGGGUGUACUGUUUCUGUGAAAUGCAUUGACGAUGUUGCCUAUCAAGGCAAAAUUAUUGACUUAAAUAAGAACAGUUUGACAUUGGCAAAAACAUUCUGUAACGGCAUUCCACAUUCUUCUUCGAUUGUUAUCUUGAGUGUAAAAGAUAUACAAAAACUCGAGAUUAUAUCAACUGAAGAAGCAAGAACUAGCAUGAACGAUGUCCAGUCACAGAGCAAAGUGAUUGUAAAGAGACCAAUCGCAAAGAGAGCUGGACGAUCAGUUUCAGAAUGUGUUCCGCCUGCGCCACAAGCGACGAGUUCUCCGCAGACAAACGUGAAAAAACCAGCAGAAUCAAACCAGCAGCAAAUUGAUCAAACUCCGAAUGGAAAAAUUCCACCGGCUGAAAAUAAUGCAUCUAACAAAUCAGUUCCGAAAAGAUUAACACAUAAACAAAGACUUUUGGGAAGAGACGAGCAUACUUUUGGUACUCCAAUUGAUCAGUCCUUACAGCAAGAUUUUGACUUCGAGAAAAAUUUGGCAUUGUUUAAUAAAGAGGCUGUGUGGCAAGAAAUUAAUUCGUUGAAACCAGAUAUCGUUCGACAGUCGGAAAAUAAUCGAAGUACUACCGGUAUUUAUCGACAUGACGAAAACAUUCUUGUAUCUGAACCUACAGUACUUAGACAGAUAGUAGUGCCUUAUCCUGGUGAAAAAGAAUACGUUACAGACAAUGGUUUAGUGAUUCCUAGUAUUACCUUGAAUUUACAUCGACAGUUAAUAGGCGCUGCGGAUAGACUGGGAAUCAGUUGGGAACGCAGGGUGGAGCUUCUUGGUCGUGCUGGAGCCGAGUUGACAUUGCAGCUGUUAGGCGGAAGUUAUCGAUUGAAUCCGAACAACGCGCAUCAAUGGCCCACGGUAGUAGCGCUUUGCGGUCCACAUCGUUCUGGCGCUGCGGGCAUCAAUUGCGCCCGACAGUUGUCGGGUCACGGCGUCAAGACGAUCGUGUUCGUGGAGAACGCGGAGGAUGUGUUUCUUCUGCAGGAGCUGUCGCUCUAUAGAUUAACGGAAAACAAGGUAGAAACAAAAGUCAAGAAUCUACCGUCGAUGGUAGAUCUGAUACUCGUGGCGCUCUGCGACGAGGACUCGCCAAAAACGAUCACACCGAUCGCUAGGUGGGCGAACAGCAAUCGGGCGCCCGUGCUUGCCAUCGAACCACCCGCGACAGGUACACCGGGUAUUCUCAGUAAAUUCAGCUUAUUGGGCGCGUUGCCGUUAUCGCAUAGCGUCGACAACGGCAGAUUGUAUCUGUGCAAUCUCGCGUUGCCGAACAAAGUGUAUACCGACGUCAACAUUACGUAUAAAUCGCCAUUCGGACCCAAGUUUGUCAUUCCUUUAUAUUCCGAUGACUCUUAGCAAAGUUUUAGGAGCUACAGCGUAUGCGCUUCGAGCAAUUUUAUCAUGCACAGCAUGCAAGCCUGAUAUACAGAGAAAGAUUUGACUUCCGAGGGGCCCAUCAAACAAAAAAUAUUUGUAUAGUUUCGGCAUUUGGUAUAUUAACUUUUAGGUAAACUUUCAGAAGCGUUAUAUAGGAAAUUUGUAUAAACUUUUUCAUUUUUGUUUGUGCAUGGGAAUCGAUAAAAAAGUGUUAGAAACAAUGCGUAGUAUUUCCGUAUACAAUUCAGAAAGUUGUACUUCAAGAACUUCCAAUAUAUGUGUGUAUGUGUAUAAGCAUAUGAAACACACACCUAUUACACACAAAUGAAACGAAAACUAGAUAUUUUAACUUAUGAAGCUGUGAGACCAUUGUUCCAUUGAUAUAUCAAGCAUAUACAGGAAAAUGAAAUCAUUGCUUCGAGUAAUGUGUGUAACGAAUAUAAAUUAGCUGAGAGAAGAAUAUGUAACUUGCUAAGAGACGAAUAUAGUUCCAUAUAUUACACAUGGUAAGUUUUGCAUUAAAUACACACACACAUACACAUUUGAUACGAUUAAAUAAACAACAUAUUUACUCAUUACAUUAUACACAGUUUGUCUACAGUUUUUAUGUAUUAAUAAAAUUAACAUACAAAACUUAUUGGGAGUCGGCUACUCCUCGGCGACCAUAUUGUGUUUAUUGCAUCAGAAGCGAGAAAUGAUACAGCAAAAGUUUCUUGCAAAAUUGGUUUUUCCUCAAAAAGAUAAUAUUUUCGUUAGUCUUCUAAUUCGCAAAAUAUACAGCAAAUUCUGUUCGAUGUUUGACACGUAGAGGUGUAAAAUAAUUCCUAGUAGAAGUAGCAAUGCUGCUGUUUCUCGGCUCUCACUAGCGGUUAGAAAACAGCUGAGCUGUUGGAUUUAAUUUUUCGAUUUUUACACUACAUUUUCAGUAUAAAUUGACCUUGCUGCUUGUUUUGCAACUCCGAAGAUUAUGAUAAUAGUAAAUUUGCACAGAAAAACUAAAAUUGAAGUUACACGUCGCGAGAAUGUUUGCUUCGUGUUGUUUCUCACUUCCGACACCACAAAAGCAACACGGUCGUCGAGGAGUAGCCGAUUUUUAAACAACAAGAUACUCUUCUUUUUUUUUUUUUUUGCCCAAUUUUCGGUGGGCAAAAGUCGGAAGUAAAAACUUCCGCAAGUGUAAAACAAACAUUUAAGGUCGUUACUUAUUGUCUAACACUAUAGAGAAUUAUAUAGUGAUGUGCUAGAGAAAACUUUCCUAAUGAUGAGACAAAAGAAUCUGACGAAUCUGAUAGUACCUUGUGUGUGUACACGCAAGAGAGAAAAAACUUAUAUAUUUUUUAAAUCAUUUGUACAAUAUACUCUAUUUAUGUCGUGUUAGAAAUCCGCGUGAUUAAGUAGCAUUUUUAAUACAAGUGAAUUGACAUCAGUUUUAUAUUCUCUCAUUUUCAUUUAUUAGUGUUUGAUUAGCUUCGAUUCUUGUCUGUAAUAUUAAGCGUUAUUUCAACUAUUAUACCGUAUAUAUGUUCUGAUUUUUGCGAUGAAUUAUAGCAACGACACAUGUAUAGAUACCGAAAUUGUAACGCACACAAGAUGCGAAAUAUCUGUAGUAGCUCUCUUUUUGUACUUUUUUUUUUUUUAACAGCAUGUUUAUAUUUAAAGUGUGAAGUGUGUUUUUUUUUAUAUCCGCACGAGUUCAUUCAAGGUGCGUUCGCUUUGGACGCUAGCGCGAGCGUCAGUCUAUCGUUUUAUUUUUAACUCUUUAACCGCGAUCGCAGUAUACAUACAUAUUUUGUCACAAAGGGUUUUUACAUAA